AUGAGUCUGCCGCGGGUGCGGGCGGAGGGACGGGUCGGCUCCGCGCAGCGGAAAAAAAAAUAACUAAAAAAAUAAAUCCCAAACUUGCUCAGUUUGUGCCCUAGGAACUCUCUGCUGCAGGAUGAAUUAGGAAAGGAAGGACUCUUUCUCUGAACCAUGGACACAAGAGCAUCUUUCAUCACUACCAUGCAGGAGAGCCAGCAUCUAUCCCCAGAGAAGGGGCAGGGCCUGACCAAUGGUGAUGGGGAGCAAUUUGAUUCAGAUGAGGGCUCCAGCAUUGAGGAUGCAGACUUCAACUGGGAUGAGUUCCUAGAGGAAACAGGAGCCAGUGCUGCUCCCCACACCUCCUUCAAACAUGUUGAAAUCAGCCUCCAAAGCAGUUUUCAGCCAGGGAUGAAAUUGGAAGUGGCCAACAAGAGUAAUCCAGACACGUAUUGGGUGGCUACAAUCAUCACAACCUGCGGACAACUCUUACUGCUUCGUUACUGUGGCUAUGGGGAUGACCGGAGGGCAGAUUUUUGGUGUGAUGUAAUGACAGCAGACCUCCACCCUGUUGGCUGGUGUACGCAGAACAACAAGGUCCUGAUGCCUCCAGAUGCAAUCAAAGAGAAAUAUGUGGACUGGACAGAGUUUCUUAUCCAUGAUCUGACCGGCGCCCGAACUGCACCUGCAAAUUUACUGGAAGGCCCUCUGCGAGGAAAAAACCCUGUAGACCUCAUUACAGUUGAUUCCUUAAUAGAGCUGCAGGAUUCCCAGAAUCCCUUUCAGUACUGGAUAGUUAGUGUGGUUGAAAAUGUUGGAGGAAGAUUACGCCUUCGCUAUGUGGGAUUGGAGGAGACUGAAUCCUAUGACCAGUGGUUGUUUUACUUGGAUUGCAGACUUCGACCAGUCGGUUGGUGUCAAGAGAAUAAAUACAGAAUGGACCCACCUGCAGAUAUCUAUUCUCUGAAGACGAUAUCUGAGUGGAAAUGCGCCCUGGAAAAAUCCCUUAAUGAUGCAGCAAAUUUUCCUCUUCCAAUGGAAGUAUUCAAGGACCAUGCUGAUUUGAGAAACCACUUUUUCACUGUGGGGAUGAAGCUGGAGGCGGUGAAUAUGAGGGAGCCGUUUCAUAUCUGUCCUGCAUCAGUGACUAAGGUUUUUAACAAUCAUUAUUUGCAAGUGACCAUUGAUGACUUGAGACCUGAACCCAGCAAAAUCUCAAUGCUUUGCCAUGCGGAUUCCUUAGGGAUCUUGCCAAUACAGUGGUGCCUUAAAAAUGGAGUCAAUCUCACACCGCCCAAGGGUUACUCUGGCCAGGACUUUGACUGGGCAGAUUACCAGAAGCAGUGUGGAGCGGAGGCAGCACCUCACCUGUGCUUUAGAAACACAUCCUUCAGUCGUGGUUUUACAAAGAACAUGAAGCUGGAGGCAGUGAACCCUAAGAACCCUGCAGAGAUAUGUGUUGCUUCUAUCACUUCAGUUAAAGGACGGUUAAUGUGGCUUCACCUCGAAGGUUUACAGAUGCCCUCUCCAGAGUACAUAGUUGAUGUGGAGUCUAUGGACAUUUUCCCAGUUGGUUGGUGUGAAGCGAAUGCUUAUAACCUUACUCCACCACACAAAGCUGUUUUGCGAAGGAAGAGAAGAAUUGCUGUUGUGCAACCAGAAAAGAAGUUACCAUCCUCAGUGCCUGUUGAGAAAAUACCUCAUGACCUCUGCCCAGUUCCUCAGCCAGACACAACAGGCACCAUCAAUGGGAGAUACUGCUGCCCCCAGCUCUACAUCAACCACCGCUGCUUCUCAGGUCCAUAUUUAAACAAAGGCAGAAUAGCAGAGCUACCUCAGUCUGUCGGGCCUGGCAAGUGCGUGCUGGUCCUUAAAGAGGUUCUGAGCAUGGUGAUCAAUGCAGCUUACAAGCCAGGGAGUGUUUUACGAGAACUGCAGCUAGUGGAAGAUCCUCAGUGGAAUUUCCAAGAAGAAACGCUCAAAGCAAAAUACAGAGGGAAGACAUACAGGGCGACUGUUAAGAUUGUACGAACGUCGGAUCAGGUAGCGGAUUUCUGCAGAAGAGUCUGUGCAAAGUUGGAGUGCUGUCCCAAUUUGUUCAGUCCUGUGCUGGUGGCUGAAGUCUGCCCAGAGAACUGCUCCAUUCAUACUAAAACCAAGUACACUUAUUAUUAUGGAAAGAGGAAAAAAAUCAUUAAGCCACCAAUUGGGGAAAAUAAUAACAUGAAAAGUGGACAUGUCAAGCCAGCCAGACGCAGAAAAAGGCGGAAAUCCAUCUUUGUGCAGAAGAAAAGAAGGUCGUCAGCUGUUGAUUUGAAUGCUGCAGGCUCUGCAGAGGAGAGUGAAGAAGACGAGCCGGAUGCAGUUGAGGAUGAGACGGGAAGUGAGGAGACGAGCUCAGAGCUCCGUGAUGAUCAGACGGACACCUCCUCUGCUGAGGUCCCUUCUGCUAGGCCCCGGAGAGCAGUUACCUUGCGCAGCAGCACUGAGUCAGACAGACCUCCUCCUAUGGAGAGGGCCCGGCGGAGCCGCCGGCCACAAGCCAUGUCUUGCAGUGAGGUGGAGAAGUCACCACAGGUCAAGGAAGAAAUUAAGCACGAAGAAGAAGAGAAGCUUGUCUUGGACAGUAAUCCAUUGGAGUGGACUGUGACUGAUGUUGUGAGGUUUAUUAAACUGACUGACUGUGCACCCCUUGCCAAAAUAUUUCAGGAGCAGGACAUUGAUGGUCAAGCCCUUCUGUUGCUGACGCUGCCCACAGUGCAAGAAUGCAUGGAGCUGAAGCUUGGUCCAGCCAUCAAACUGUGCCACCAGAUCGAGCGAGUAAAAGUUGCGUUCUAUGCACAAUAUGCCAACUGACUGCACUUCUCUAUUUCUUUCUGUUCACCUUCUCAUUCCCUCUAUUUUUUAACAUUGCAGCUUGUUCAAGUUUUUUUCCUCUUCCUCUUUUCAAAAAAAAAAAAAAAAUCACGGGAUUAGAAGCACUGGGAAUUAAUCUAUAGGGGGAAAAAUAACACAACAAAAAAUCUAGCAACAAAUUGAACUAACUUUUAGUUGUAAAGCACAGUAAAAGAGUGCUGGUAUCUCUCCUCAUGAGCCUCGCCAGCAUGUUUUGCUGCAGUGCAAGGCCAGCAUGGGUCAGAUGGAUUGUCGUCCUUUAAAGCAAAGCCACCUAUGGCAGACACGUUUCCACGGUGAAUAGUUGGACAUUUUCAGUAAUGAUGCUUUGUCUUCAUCAAUUUCUGGGCAUGAACAGUCUUUUUAGUCAACUCUGACACACUUCUUUCAUAUUGAAAUGGAAGUGAGAAUUUGUAGCAUUACCUGGGCUUUACUGCAAAUUUGAUCUUUGUGAUCAUUGGGCUUUCUUUUACCUCCUCUCCAGUCAUACAAAAGGAAGAAGUGUUAUACCAGUCAUAUGUUAUUUGUUACUGAGUGAGUUAUAAAGCAGGACUCAACCCACCAUCUCUGAAUGAUAUCACACAAAGCUGCAGCCAAUUGACAGUGCUGCACCAAGACCUUAGGCAUAAUAAUGCUUUCUGAGCCAUGGUGGCUGUGUACAGUGAGCCGAAUGUCUCACUGAUGGGAUCUGUGCAGUACUGCAUUCAUGUGAAGUACCAUACAUGAAAUCCUCCAAAGUCAAGCCUAUCCAGUUAUAUUUAGGUCAUUAAAUAUAGACUGGACUUUGCAACUCAAGGGCUGAAAAAAAAUAGGGGGAGGGGGUCCAGAUUUAAUGGCAAAACUGUUCAGCACACACUGAUUUAACUUGCACCUUUGUCAGUCUGGUUACUAGGUGGGAAUACAUCAAUAUUUUCAGGCUGUGUACACCAUGGUGCUUUAGUCCAGCUGACUCAUCCAACCACCAAUCUGUAUAAAGCCCCAACUAUGUCCCAGUGGCAGACUGGCCAGUGAAACUGGGGGCUUGCUUCGUGCCAAGUAGGGUGAGCACCACAGGGAGUAAAGAAGCGGGACAGACAUCUUGGGUUUGCCUCAAUUGUGCAUACAGGAUGAGUAUUUUCCAUUUACUUUACAAGGAUAUAUGGCCCUGUGAGUGCCAUACGUUGACCUCAGCAGUGGUUGGUGGCAUCACACUGGUGUAAAAUUCUCCUGAAAGCAAGGACCAAACUGGUUCUUCAGACUAAGUCUGAAUUUUGCUCUGACUUUAGCUGCAGGUGAAUUCUUCCCUCAAAAAGUGAAUGGGAUAGUUUGUUCUGAUUUCAUCAGAAACCACUGACUUCAGUAGACUUUUUUCUACAAACUGGAAACAGACCCCGGUUCCCUAGUCUCAGGGAACACAGCCUAGAAAUAUAGUACAAUCACAUCAGUGUUGUGAUGCCAAAGCCUACUCAGCUAAGACCUCUUCAAAAAUAAAUGUCAUUUCUAACUCUAAAUCUGAAGACAUUUCUUAGGGCCAGAUAACCCCAUCUCAAACAAUUAACAUAUGGUGACAGCAGACUUGGACCACAUGGUCCUGCAGGUCUCAAUGUGCUCAGGAGAACCUACUGACCAACACCAGGCUAUAGCUGCUCUUUCUCCUUCAUCAGUUUCCUCCUUAAAAUCUUUGUUUAAAGGUGGAAAGCCUCAGAAAUAGAUAUUCUGAACUAUGUCCAGAUUUGCUGUAGGGCAUGGGUUAGGUAAGAAGUAUGACUAUGCACUGUGAAGACAAUUCUAGUCCAUCUUUAAGGGGGAUUUCUGAUCUGCCACUGAGGAGUGUGAUGGGAGCAAGCUGGGCCAAUUCCUGCCAGCUCCUGAGACUUCAGAGAAGUUUUUCUUCUACUAAAGAUCUUGUUCAAGUUUUAAUCAAAUGAAGGAGCACGUAAUCAUCA